AAGUGACUGAAUUAAUUCUUAGGAUCCUAGAGUGUUGGACGCGAUGCUUCCCUACCUUGUCAACGCUUACGGCAAUCCUCAUUCAAGAACGCAUGCUUAUGGCUGGGAGAGUGAAGCCGCAGUGGAGAAAGCCAGAAAGCAAACAGCUAACCUGAUAGGCGCAGAUCCCAGAGAAGUCAUCUUCACCAGUGGUGCUACAGAGUCAAACAACAUUGCCAUCAAGGGUGUUGCAAGGUUUUAUAAAGCCAAGAAGAAGCACGUUAUCACAAGCCAGACAGAACAUAAGUGUGUAUUGGAUUCAUGCCGCAUGCUUGAGACUGAGGGUUUUGAAGUGACGUAUUUGCCAGUGAAGACCAAUGGACUUGUAGAUUUAAAGGAACUCGAAGAGGCAAUUCGACCAGAUACUAGUUUGGUGUCAAUAAUGACUGUGAACAAUGAAAUUGGAGUCAAGCAACCUGUAGAUGAGAUAGGUCGCAUUUGCCAAGCUAGGAAAGUAUUUUUCCACACGGAUGCUGCUCAAGCUGUUGGAAAAAUUCCUCUCGAUGUGAACAAAAUGAAGAUUGAUCUAAUGUCUAUCAGUGGCCACAAAAUCUAUGGCCCUAAAGGCGUGGGUGCAUUUUACAUCCGCCGUCGGCCCCGAGUACGAGUGGAGGCCAUUCAGAGUGGUGGGGGGCAGGAGCGAGGCUUGCGCUCGGGAACUGUUCCAACUCCACUGGUGGUUGGUCUUGGGGCAGCAUGUGAAAUAGCCCAGCAGGAGAUGGAGUAUGACCAUAAGCAUGUGUCCAAUCUAGCCAAACGUUUGGUGACGAAGAUAAUGAAUGCAAUCCCUGACGUGGUUAUGAAUGGGGAUGCAGAGCAGAGAUAUCCAGGCUGCAUUAACCUGUCGUUUGCAUAUGUGGAAGGAGAGAGUCUGCUGAUGGCUUUGAAAGAUGUAGCUCUCUCAUCGGGAAGUGCCUGCACAUCAGCUUCUCUUGAACCUUCCUACGUGCUGCGAGCAAUUGGUGCUGAUGAAGAUUUGGCACACUCCUCAAUCAGGUUUGGGAUUGGGCGUUUCACAACGGAGGAGGAGGUGGAUUACACUGCAGAGAAGUGCAUCCAGCAUGUGCAGAGGCUGAGGGAGAUGAGUCCUCUCUGGGAGAUGGUACAGGAGGGAGUGGACCUAAAAAAUAUUAAUUGGUCUCAGCAUUAGAACAUCCUGAAGAAACUGACUGUUGGACUGUCAUCAUGCUCAUAAGAUAGCUUGCAAUAAUCUGCGGAACAUAAUUAGUUUACAUAUGAAUAGGUAAACAAAGAUGAACUGAAUAUGCCUCCAGUAUCAAGUCUGAGAGUACAUUGUGGCAAACACAUAAUUUUACUCCCUCUUAUUGAAAUAUAUCGGCAUGGUUUAUGCAAGCUUAUAAUAUAUUUUUUCAAUAGCUGAUCGUAAACGAUUCACUUUGUUCUCUUAUUAAAAAAUAUCUAACUCACGGACAUUGGGUAAAAUGCUGCUGCUGCUUGCUUGUCAAUGUGCCUUAACCUGUUGGGAGUCAACCAGUUCCUUGGAAGCAUCCAUGCACCUCCUUCACACAUUGAUCAUAUUAAAUACAGCAGUUGCCAUUCUGAGCCCUUUUUAAACGAGAACCAUCUAGGGUUGAAAAUCAUUCCUGUUUCUUGCGGUGCUAGUUGUCAAAUUGAUCGUCUUGGGGUACACCUGCCAUUUAACAUCAAUUAGUCUACUCAGAUCACUGUCCAACUCCACUGUAGGGGGGCUGCAGCAUGAGGGGAGGAAAUGCAGAGAUUAGGGUGGAGUGGGGGGUGGGGCAACACAAAACUACCAGUGAAUAUUCUGUGGUGUUUUGGGGAGAAUGAAUUUGGUUAUUCUCUGAACUGGGCAGUGAUGCUGAUUGUCAAGUUAUUGGUGAUUCUGGAUGUGGGGUAGUACAAUUUUGAUAGAAUGAUCAAGAGGAAGCAGUUUAAAAUAAGAAGGCGCAUGAUACUGAUGGGGGUGGAGAAGAAAUGCAGGUGCACAAGGACCUGGGAGUGCAGAGCCCGUUGAAGGUUGACCGUGUUGGAUCUUCAGCUUUGUGAUGGGAAGACGUGGAGCACAAAACCAUCAAAUGAUGGUGAGCCUUUGGCGCAUCAACUUGCUCGUAACUGGAGUAUUGUGUUCAGCUCUGGUUGCAGCACUUUAGGAAAAUGUGUUGCUGCUUUGAACAAGGUAAGGCAGAGAAUUGUGACAAUAGUUCCAGGGGUGGAAGACUUUAGGUAGAAGGAUAGAUUAGAGAAGCUGGCAUUUCCUGCUCUCGAAGACCAUGUUGAGUAAGGUUUCCUUAAUGCUGUGUGUCGGCUGAAAUCAUUCCGAUGGGCAGAAGGGUUGAGAAUUGUAGGGCACCAAUUUGAAAUAAUUGGCCAAAGGACCGAAACAUACAUGAGGAAAAUUCUACACAACAAAUGAUCAGGAUCUGGAAUGAUCUGUGUGCAUGGUGAAGGCUGAUUCAAAGGGGGCUCUUGAGGACCGAGAUGGAUCACCAUCUGAAGAGUGUAAAUAUGAAGGGCUGCAGUAAAAAAGCAGAAGGAUUAGCUAAAUUGCUCUUGGAGUUGAUUGCAUGGUACAGUGGCCUGAAUGGCUUCAUAUGCUGUAACCAUUUAUGGUAGUCUACAUUCUCCAUCUAGUGGUAGAAUUGUGCAUCUGCAGCUAGUUUUAAGAAUGGGAAGAUCUUGUGGUAACUUAAUGUAGUAACUUAAAGUAGCAAAUGAAAUUCAAGACAUGAAAAGUACAGAACUGUGUUCAUGUCAAAUUAUCCCAAUAAUCAAAUGCAAAACUUUAUUUGCACAAAGUUAUUUUAAAACUGUUCAGUAAUGAGAUCAUUCAGGUUCUUUGUCCAUGUGAGGGUCUGAGAGAUUAUCCUGCAGAAAUUCACUCUCUAAAGGAAGUGAAGGAAACUUGCAGGAACAGGUCAAAAGUCUUCACCCUGCUAUACACUGCAGUGGGAACUUUGGGAUUGCAAGACUUUCAGGAGGGAGCCGUGCAACUAGCGAAUAGUGGGAUUGUCCUCUUGUAAAACAUAAACUCGAUUUUAGGAACAGGCUUCCAGGAUGAAGGUUAGCAUAUGUCUUGCUUUCUUCAAGUAGAGUGACCAUCUGUUUACUCUAAGAAGCCUGCAGGUAUGACUCUACUAUCUUUAAAUGGUGAUGCUCAAAGAAACAUUGUACAUGUUACAUAUUUAAAAAGAUGAAAGAUAUAUCAGGUCUAUGCCCUUACAAUCAGCAACAACAGGACAUUUCCAAGCCUUUUGAAACUGUAUCGAAGUGUCAGUUUUGUAUUCUUUAUUUCACCAACAUGUUACAUUUUAGAUUUCCUUUUCACCUCUUUUAGAAAUGCCACCAUUUGACGUUCCUGCUAGAAUGCAUUUCCACCAGGUUUGUGGCAGACCUGUCAUCCAAGCUGACAGUCCUUGUGUUAACUAACUAGCCUCCAUUACUUCCUUGUCCAGUGCGCUCAACCUGUGGUUCCUAUCCAUUGGUGAGGAAUGGAAACUUGAGUGGGCUCAGACUCUCGUCCAGCUGUGCCACACUAUUUUCUUCUUUGUCCCAAUUGUUUUGCAACUAAUAAACACAAAUGCGUAAAGAAGUCAGAAUUAAAAAAACUUCUUUCUUUGCUGCGUCUAAUGAUGAUUAUCCUCUUGGCUAUCGCUCAUAACAGUGUCCUGUAGAUUUAAUGUGAUUCCUGGAGACUACAGGAUAAACCCAGCGGAUCUGCAACUUUAGACGUACCGUCCGACCCAACUGUUUUUGUAGUCUUCAGUUGAAUUUUCUGACACCAAAGUCAACAACCCAUUCAAUGAGCCCCUGACUUUAAAUAAAAAAAACUGAAAGAAAGUGCUUUUAUCUGGUCUUGAUGAUCAUCUUUUGCAUAAUAUUUUCCUCAGUCUGCACGAUUGUAUUCAUUUGCUGCUAAAGGUAUGGGCAGAUGUGCAAAUAUGUGGGUGUAUUCGUAUUCCUCUUUUUUUAAAAAAAGUGACUUCUUAAAGAUUUUACUGCUUAAAUCCUGUCACAGUCAUCGCAGAGCUAAUAGAAAAGGUGCAGUUUGGUUCUCUAUAUUGCAAUAAAGCAGCAAAAACUGUCUCGUGAUAGGGUAAAUAGGUGUUUGUGAGGAUGGGAGAGCAGUUAUUUAUUGAGAUUGAUCUGGGAGGCUGGAACAAAAAUACCCUAAAGAGGAAUGCUAUGUACCCACUCAAUGAUAUCCCCCUGAUAUAUCUUUCACUUAGUGACAAUCUCUAUAAUCUCUAUAUCGCCUUUGCAUGGAAACCACUAGUGUGGCCUUCUGAAUUAGAGGAACAAGUACACACAAACCUGAUGACUUUAAGUUUGAAAAUGGAGCAGUGGCUCAUCUGAUGAGCUGGAUGUGAGAAUACACUAGAGCUGUAGGUUUUGGCAAACAUUGUGUUCUCCCUGUUGCAUUAGGAGCUGUAUGUUGACAGGGCAAAAUGAGAGCAUAUUUAAUUUUCCUGUUCCUUGAUGCCCUCAAACAGGAGCGAAAUGAACACUGCAAUGUAAUAACCUGCUACUUGAUAAACAUUUUAAAAUGAAUCCUGGAAAUUUAAACAAAAAAAAUCACCUGGACUCAAAACAGCUUUUGUUUUCGAUUUGUUGGAGCCUAACCAUCUGGUUGGAACUGGGUCACGCCCUGGGAAUAGAAUUAGUAAAUUAGGCAAAAAUCUCUGCGUCUCUAGUUUUUACCUUAGAAUUUUUACUUUUUGUGUGCCACGUCUGUGGGACUAAACAAUACGCACAAUUCAAACUUAUGUAUUUCUUUAAAACUAUUUAGGUGAUGUAUGACAUGCUGCUUUUAUGAAAUAUCUGAACUUUAUUUCCCAAUUUCACUGAUGUUUUCUGUGUGAGAUUUGUCAUUGAAGACUUAUUAUAUGUCUUGUCUUUCAAAUGGUCCCUCAAAGCAAAGUCGAAGUCAAUGUGGAAAGCAGUUGAUGCCAUUUAGUAAAUUUGAUGUAUAUUUCCUUCUAUGCAAGUGAUUCUUGUACUGCUUGGAAUAAACCACUUUUGUCAUAACCAA